AUGACGUCAACCACAAGACGUGCUGUGGGAUUCGUCUCACUGGGUAUUGCAACAUUGCUGAUAUACAAGGCACUUCGAUCUUAUCGGACAUCAAAAGCGACUAAGCUACGUGGACCGCCGAGGGAGAACUGGCUCUUCGGAUCAGGGAAGAAAGAGCUCUUAUCUGGGCAGGGAAACGUGCUUUUGGGACGAUGUGCCGAACAAUAUGGCUUGGUGUACCAUUUCCCUGGAUCACUGGGCUCGAAGAUGAUAGUAUUGAUGGACCCGAAGGGCAUUGCACACUUCUAUGCCAAAGGAUCGACUGUCUAUAUAAAUAGCGCAGCUGUAAAGGAAAUAUUUAAUAGGCUUGUCGGAAAAGGGUUGUUUUCGGUUGAGGGCGAAGACCAUCGAAGACAGCGCAAAUCUCUCGCUCCUGCUUUUUCCAAUGCAGCAAUUCGAGAUGCAACGCAUGUCUUUUUCAAUUCAGCGUACAAGCUGAAAGAUGCAUGGGAUGCACAAAACGUUGGGUUCGACGAAUUCGUUAUUGAUGUUCAAUCAUGGCUGAACCGCGUCUCUCUAGAUAGCAUUGGUAUAGCAGGGUUUGGUCACGACUUCAACUCCCUCGAAGGCGAAAGCCAAGAAAUUACAGACGUCUUCGAUUCAUUCUACACGCCAAACCUUCCAUCGGGCGUGGAGCUCCUCAUCUUUAUGUUUCAAAUCAUAUUUCCGAUAUUCUCGAAGAUUCCUACAAAGAUCAUUCGCCUGCAGAGCAGGAUGAAUGCUACGCUUGAAGGCAUUUCGAGGAAUCUUAUGAAGGGAAGACGAAGCGAGGGGGAGGUAACUUUGCACGACCAGACUAGUAUCGACCGGUCUAUGAUGGGAACGCUUCUCAAAGCUGAGAGUUCAAACUCAGAUAUGAAGAUAUCCGAGGAGGAGUUAUUGGCUCAAAUGAAGACCCUAAUAGUGGCUGGUUACGAGACAACGUCCAUAAGCUUGACGUGGGCACUAAUCGAGCUAGCAAAACACCACGAAGUUCAAGACAGACUUCGACAGGAACUCUCCGAAUUCUCUAGUAGUGACCCAUCGUAUGAUCAGCUUACGGACAGUCUCUCCUAUUUGAAUGCUGUCAUGCUUGAAACCCUCCGCUUGCAUUCUCCUGCGGAGGCGACUCAACGUGUAGCUGCAUGUGAUGAUAUAAUACCACUCGGCACGCCGAUCACAAGCCCUUCAGGCGAACAAAUCAACGAAAUAGCUGUAUCCAAAGGUUCGACGGUCUUGGUCCCUAUAACUGUCGUCAACCAUUCGGAAGCAAUCUGGGGUCCGGAUGCAAAGGAGUUCAAACCCGAACGAUGGCUCUCCAAUAGUGAGGAUGUGAGUCUUCCGAGCAAGGUGAAGGAAAUUCAAGGAUAUCAUCACUUGCUUUCCUUCGCGGAUGGACCGAGAAUGUGUAUUGGGCGAGCGUUUGCUGUUGCGGAGUUUAAGGCCGUUCUAUCUGUCCUUGUGCGGAAUUAUAUUUUCUCGAUGCGGGAUGGACCAGAGACGAAGAUUGAGAUGGUCGCUACGAUUCUUCCCCGCCCAAAGGUAGCCGGCGAGAAAGGUUAUGCUGUCCCGUUGCGUGUCAAGCGUGUUGAGUAAUAUUCAUAUGCUCUGCAUUGCUUUCUUUCUCGAUACACUAUGACAUGGCACAUUUCCACACGACAGACGGCCUUAUUCAUAUCUUAUAUAAUGUACAGACUCAGAAAUUGUCAAGCUUAGAAGGUUGUCCAACUCAAUCCCAAUCCCAAUCCCUGCCUUUUCAAAUGCAAGAUCAUUAUUAUUAUUUUACCCUUUGUCUUUUGCAUGACGAUCAUGGACUAAGCGACCCUUAGCUCAAUACUCUUACAAUCUUCUCAAUAUCUAAAGAACAGCCCCUACAUAUAUACCUUGUACUUCUGCACAAUCCCAAAUCAAUUUU